AUGCCGCCGCCAACCCCCGCUACUAUCGAUCAUCAAUUGAAUGCCCACGAAGAAAAUCCUGCAUACUACGAGGCUGGAAGGGAGAGUGACGACGAGACAGGCCGCGCGCAACCUGACCCAGGCACGGAAGCCCCUCAAAGAACGAAAAGAGGAAGGUACAACCAAGGGAUCGCCACCGGUGACACAAUCAAGUUCAACGAGAUCAUCUUGGAGAUGUCGCAGAAGGUAGUUCCCAAUGGACUCGGCUCCAACCAAAUCAGGUACGCCGAAGACGGUUCAAUGAGAGAGAUGGUACAGAACAUACAGGGCAUAUUAGAGUGUCGUCCAGUGACAACCGUCAGGGCGAUUCUGGAUCUCCUGGGCCCCGUAUGUCAAACCACUGUUGGAAAGGCUCUACCCAUAUGUGGAUAUAUGUUCGCAAAUGGCCCAUGGAAGAAAGCAUUGAUCAAAUUCGGUGUUGAUCCAAGAAUUCAACCCAACCUUCGUUUCUAUCAGACGAUCACGUUUGACAUGGAGUUCGAUCCGGUCGUGGAACGUGGAAAGCAUGACUGGACAGUGAAAGGAAACCUCGCAUUCCCACAGCUCCUCAAAGCAGACGAUAACAUCCCACACAUCUUCAAUGGGAGGAAGUUUGUUGCAGAUGAUAACACAUGGCAGAUUUGCGACAUAACGGAUGAAAUCCUCCACAGGGUGAUAGCAACAAGCGAAGCUCGCCUGAACCUCUCAAACAAGACAGGAUUCUUCUUGAAUGGAACAAUGGCCAAGAUUAUGGUGAUAAUGCGUGAUAAGCUUCUAUGCAUUAGGGAUAAUCUUCUACUUGAUGAUAGCGUCUAUGAGUGCCUGCUAGGGUUUCCUGAUGAAUAUGUGCCUCCGAAGGGUCGUGACAUCCGAAGAUACGGCCUGGAGUUUGGGCAGCAUUAUACAACUAAGCAAGCUUUUCUGAGGGGAAGAAUAGUGGACAUGGCAAGGAGGCUCUUGUAG